AUGUGGCGGCGGCUCGGAAACCAAGUGUUGGAAAUGUUUGAUCAUGCAUAUAGCAAUUAUAUGGAACAUGCCUAUCCAGCUGAUGAACUCAUGCCUUUAACUUGUCGUGGACGAGUACGGGGUCAGGAACCGAGUCGAGGGGACGUAGACGAUGCCUUGGGAAAGUUUUCCCUGACCUUGAUUGAUACCUUGGACACUCUUGUGGUGUUAAAUAAAACCAAAGAGUUUGAAGAGGCUGUAAAAAAAGUAAUAAAAGACGUUAAUUUAGAUAAUGACAUAGUCGUAUCAGUCUUUGAAACCAACAUAAGAGUCCUUGGAGGUCUCUUAGGUGGGCAUUCAGUGGCAAUUAUGCUGAAAGAGAAAGGUGAAUUUAUGCAGUGGUACAGCGGUGAGCUCCUGCACAUGGCCAAGGAACUAGGCUACAAGCUUUUGCCUGCUUUUAACACCACUAGCGGUCUCCCUUAUCCAAGAGUAAACUUGAAAUUUGGUGUGAGGCAUCCAGAAGCACGAACAGGAACAGAAACAGAUACCUGCACAGCUUGUGCGGGUACCUUGAUCCUUGAGUUUGCAGCUUUAAGCCGAUUCACAGGAACAUCUAUAUUUGAGGAAUAUGCACGGAAAGCACUUGAUUUUAUUUGGGAAAAGAGACAACGCAGUAGCAAUUUAGUGGGCGUUACUAUUAAUAUUCACACUGGAGACUGGGUCCGCAAAGAUAGUGGAGUUGGAGCAGGAAUAGAUUCAUAUUAUGAAUAUUUAUUAAAAGCCUAUGUCUUGCUGGGAGAUGACAGUUUCCUGGAAAGAUUUAAUACACACUACGAUGCCAUAAUGAGAUACAUUAGCCAGCCGCCUCUUCUACUUGAUGUUCAUAUUCACAAACCUAUGCUAAAUGCUAGGACCUGGAUGGAUUCUUUGCUAGCUUUCUUCCCAGGGUUGCAGGUGUUGAAGGGUGAUAUUCGACCUGCUAUAGAAACUCAUGAGAUGCUGUAUCAGGUUAUAAAAAAGCAUAACUUUCUUCCUGAGGCAUUCACGACAGAUUUUAGAGUGCACUGGGCUCAGCAUCCUUUAAGGCCUGAAUUUGCAGAAAGCACUUAUUUCUUGUAUAAAGCUACUGGGGAUCCUUACUAUCUAGAAGUAGGAAAAACACUUAUUGAAAACUUAAACAAGUAUGCGAGGGUACCCUGUGGGUUUGCUGCAAUGAAGGACGUCCGUACUGGAAGUCAUGAAGACAGAAUGGAUUCUUUCUUUCUCGCUGAGAUGUUCAAGUAUCUUUAUCUGCUCUUUGCUGAUAAGGAGGACAUGAUUUUUGACAUAGAAGACUACAUCUUCACUACAGAAGCUCAUCUAUUACCACUUUGGCUUUCCACUACGAACCAAACAAUAUCUAAAAAAAAUACAACUACAGAAUUCACAGAGCUGGAUGACAGCAACUUUGACUGGACCUGCCCAAACACCCAGAUCCUUUUCCCGAAUGACCCCAUGUUUGCCCAGAGUAUUCGUGAACCUUUGAAAAAUGUGGUGGAUAAAAGUUGUCCUCGGGGUAUUUCCAGAGCAGAAGAGAGUUUGGGAAGUGGACCAAAACCACCACUGAGAGCCAGAGAUUUCAUGGCCAGUAAUCCUGAGCAUUUGGAAAUAUUGAAGAAGAUGGGAGUCAGUUUGAUCCAUCUCAAAGAUGGAAGAGUGCAAUUAGUGCAACAUGCAGUGCAAGCAGCAAGUUCACUUGAUGCUGAAGAUGGUUUACGGUUCAUGCAAGAAAUGAUUGAACUAUCCAGUCAGCAGCAGAAAGAGCAGCAGCUCCCUCCUCGCGCUGUUCAAAUAGUUUCCCAUCCGUUCUUCGGCAGGGUGGUCUUGACUGCUGGGCCAGCCCAGUUUGGAAUGGACUUGUCCAAACACAAAGCCGGGACAAGAGGAUUUGUUGCAACCAUUAAGCCAUAUAAUGGAUGCUCGGAGAUCACUAAUCCUGAAGAAGUGAAAGAGAAAAUUGCUCUGAUGCAGAGAGGCCAGUGCAUGUUUGCAGAAAAGGCACGAAACAUUCAAAAAGCAGGAGCAAUAGUAGGCAUUGUUAUUGAUGACAACGAGGGAAGCAGUAGUGACACUGCUCCUCUCUUCCAAAUGGCCGGUGAUGGAAAGAAUACAGAUGAUAUCACAAUUCCUAUGCUCUUCCUCUUCAACAAGGAAGGAAAUAUUAUACUGGAUGCAAUCCGGGAAUAUGAGACUGUGGAGGUGCUCCUUUCUGAUAAAGCAAAAGAUAGAGCAACGAUCUUUAAAGGUAAAACGAUUCCAAACUACAUUAUUGAUAGCAACUUGGAAGUGGACAAUAUGGACCAGAAAUUGUCUGAAAAUGAUUCCCAGAAGCAGAGUUCAGAAGAGACUACGUCAGCAUCUCAAGGUGUUGGCUUGGCCAGUGAGGAGCCUGAGGGAGGCGACAGCUCUGACGUUGUUCAGCCGGAUCCGUUGUCUCCUGCACCUGCAGACAGUGACAGUGUUUCCACCUCAAAUCAGGAUUCCUACGUCCCUGACACUGAGGCUAGUAGUAUUCCCGAGCCAGAAUGCGCACAAGCAGAUAACCAGCCUCAGGAACAGAAAACUGACACAGAGUCAGACUCCAAAGCUAACUGGGAUAAUAAAGUCCCACCUAUGGAAUCCAUAUUAGCAGACUGGAAUGAAGAUAUAGAAGCAUUUGAAAUGAUGGAAAAGGAUGAACUAUGACUUGUAAUAAUAAUUUAUUUGUUAGUAAACAUGUGGAGAACUCUUUUGGUAGAAGAGAGGCCCUGAUAUCAACAAACUAGGAAACAUAUUCAGUAUUGUGAUGAGCAGCCAGGCUUCGCCUGGAAAAUACCAUAGAAAUCCAGCACGUGCUCUUUGUUUUAAUUUUUCCUGUUUAAAAAUGGGAAUGUGCAAUUGAAGCAUUCGUAUGGCUCCAUUGCAUGGUGCUGUAACCCACCAGGAGGCUCCAUCCAUGAGCGAGCCCGACUUCUGCGUUCCUGGCUC